GAACCAAAAGUCUUUUCACCCUUUGCGCACGUGCCGUAGAAUUUUGUGUGGGCUUUCUGCUUUUUAAAAUGGAUUUUCAUAGCCAAUACUCCAAAAGGCAGUUGAACGGAACCGUCUACAUUGCCUCACGACGCGUGCUUAACAAGACGCUCCGAUCCGAGUUGCAAAAUGGUGCCGGCGAACUAUAUCUGAUGUUCAAGGCACCGUAUGCCUCAUAUAACAUAGACGAGAUCGCUCGGGUGGCUAGCGAACUGGGUGAGAUCUUUGUAAUGCGCUUCAAGGUUGACUUUCAAUACAACAGUCGUGGAUUCGCCUUUCUGCAGUACAUCGAUACGUCCCUUCAGACGGAGGCUAUUCAAGUUUUAAGCCAGCGCUUCCGUGCUAUACACUUGGACAUUGCCAUAUAUCCAUCACGAAACGCGAGGGAGUUGAUCAUGCUGACAAAGGAGAGCCACGAUCCGAGUCCCUACCAUGUUUACCAACAGAUGCGCUCCUUGUGCGCCUUCAAAAGUGUCCGUGUCUACGAGUAUCGCCCGCGUAGGUACGCGCACAUAUUUGCCUACACGAACAACGAUGAGGCUAUCAAGGCUUAUCGGAUGAUCCGUGAAAAUAUGGUGCUGUUUGGCUCCACUGCCAGCAUCUCCUGGCUGCGUAACAACAGGACGGUGGUUAAGGACGACUUUGUCCCUUCCUGCUGCCAGAAACUGGACAACAAUCUCGUGCCCCCCAAUCUCAAGGCAUGCAAUUGUUUCACCUUUUCCCCCAAACAUGUAUCCCCUCGUUUGGAGAAUCGUUUAAUGGCACCUCGCGCUAAGAUAGGAAAGUGCCAGUGAAAUUGUUCAUUGUUUUCUCAUUGGAAUAAACGUACUACUUAA